GUGGUUUUCAUUGGAUGAUUUAAUCGAAGAGUCGCGGUAACUUUGAAGACUUUCAUAUUCGAGAUAAAGAAGAGGUUAACUGACAACAGGAAGCUGUUCCCAUUAUGUCAGGGGGGAAGGUAAUCCCAGUAAGGGUUGCUGUACGUGCCCGUCCACUCAUAUCAAAAGAGGCGAAUGAAGGGUGCCAGAUUUGUGUCAGCGUCACACCUGGUGAGCCACAGAUCAUCUUAGGAAAGGAUAAAGCCUUUACAUAUGAUUAUGUCUUCAAUCCCGCACAGAGUCAGCCAUAUGUAUACCAAGAAUCGGUUUUCCCAUUAAUUAAACACAUUUUUAAAGGAUAUAAUGCUACAGUGUUGGCCUAUGGACAGACAGGAAGUGGAAAGACCUUCACCAUGGGAGGAUGCUAUGAAGCUUCACUGAGCGAGGACGAGACUGAGAUGGGAAUUAUACCAAGAGUAAUAAGAGAACUCUUUAACGGUAUUGCAGACAGGCCAGAGUCUGACUUUGCAGUGAAAGUUUCUUAUUUAGAGAUUCAUAAUGAAGACAUUAAUGAUUUACUCUGCCCACCUGCAAAGCAAGAGCCAUUGUCCAUCAGAGAAGAUUUGAAUGGAGAGAUAAGGUUGCCAGGUUUGUCUGAAGUUGUUGUUCAGAGCUUUGAAGAGACCAUGAACUGUCUUCAGAGUGGUUCAAGUGGACGAACAACAGGUUCUACAGCUAUGAACACACAUUCUAGCCGUUCUCAUGCAAUUUUCACUAUUCACAUUGAGCAAAAGAAAAAACAGGAUAUGGAUGAUGUUUGUAAGUGUAAGUUUCAGUUAGUUGAUCUGGCUGGUUCAGAGAGAGCCAAGAGGACUCAGGCGGUAGGGGAGAGGUUUAAGGAAGGCGUCAACAUAAACAAAGGGUUAUUGUCACUAGGUAAUGUCAUCAGUGCGCUUGGGGAAGAGAAUCAGGCCAGAAAUCACAUCCCAUACAGAGACAGCAAACUAACUAGGCUACUGCAAGACUCUUUGGGUGGAAACAGUUAUACUCUGAUGAUUGCGUGUGUAAGUCCAGCAGAUUCAAACAUGGAGGAGACCCUGAACACUCUGAGAUACGCCGACAGAGCCAGGAAAAUAAAAAACAAACCCAUCAUCAACAGAGACCCUCAGGCGGCGGAGAUCUAUCGUUUGAAACAACUGGUGCAACAGCUACAAGUGCAACUGGUCAAUCCUGUUGGGGGAGCGUCCUUGAUGAGUAUUGACACAACGUCAUCAUCAUCAUCAGAAGAUUUCAAAUCUAUCGCAGAGAAAAACAAACAGUUGGAGGAGGAGAACAACAAGCUGUCGUGUGAGUUACAGAGAGCCGUAGAUCAGAGCACCAGUAUGUGUGAGAAGGCUAUCCGACUGGAGCUCAAGUGUGAGAAACUAAAGACCAAACUGGACAAGCUCAAGUCAGACACCAAGAUAGAUCUGGAGGUUCUUGGUACCAGUGUAAAUGCAGAACAGAACCCUGAAGCACAAGAACAGAUAGAAAAGAUCCGCACAUUGACUGUCAGUAUACAUCAGGAGGAGCUUGAUGAAGGCCCAUUGUCUACGGUUGAAGAGGAGGAAGAGGAAAACGAGAAUGAUUUGUCCCAAGGAACCCCAGACACUCGAGCUUUUUCAAAAGAAUUCACCAUGCGUCAGGCAAAAAUGAACCGGGAACUUCAGGAGCUCAACCGACUUCUGGAUAAGAAGGAAACUCUGGCAACACAGAUGACCUUGAAUGAUGAUCAGAUGAAAUCGCUCCGUGACCAUCAUGAGACGCAGAUGAAAGAAUUGGAGCAUCAUUUAGAGUUAGCUCAGAAACAGAAAGAAGAAAUGCAACAAGCCCUAGAGGAUGCGAAGAGUAAUGCAAAUGCCAACAGGAUUGCCGAGCAGAGAAGGAAACGAUUGAAGGAACUGGAACAGCAGAUAUCACAGCUCCGAAGGAAGAUGACUGAACAGGAGAAAAUGCUCAAGAUGAAAGACCAGACGGACAAAAGUGUCUGCAAGCUUCAGGGAGAAAUCCAGGGAUUAAAACACCAGAGAGUGAAGUUGAUGAAACAGAUGAAGGAAGAUUCUGAUGAGUUCAGAAAGUGGAAGCGGCAAAAGGACAAGGAAGUAGCUCAGCUGAUGCAGAAAGACAGGAAGAGACAAUUUGAGAUCGCUAAGUUACAGCGACAGAAUGAACGUCAGCAGUCAGUACUCAAGCGUAAAAGUGAAGAGGCUUCAGCAGCGAAUAAAAGGUUGAAAGAGGCAUUAGCAAGACAAAAACAAAUUCAAGAGGAGAGAGCGAAUAAACUGGAGACAUAUAAUUCAUCGACUAUUGGAAACAGAGUCCGAUCAUGGUUGAGUCAUGAAUUGGAAGUCCGGAUCAGCAUUAGGGAGGCUAAGUAUCACCUGGAGCGUCUACUGAAUGAUAGGAAAGAGAUAUCCAAACAAAUCAAAGAGCUGAAGGAGAAGGUGGAGGACGAAUCAGACGGUCCACCAAUCAAAAAACUGGCCUGGCUAGCCGAGAACGGCGACAAGACCGAGGUCAGUUUUGAAGUGGACAAGAUUAAUAAGCAGAUUGUGUCUUUACAAGGAGAGAUGGUUGUGAGGAAUGCCCAGAUCUCUGAACUGCAACAGAAGAUAGUGGAUGCUGAUCAAGACAUAAAGGGCAAAAUAUCCUGGGAUACUCUCCAUACAAUGGUGGAGGCUAAAUGUGCUCUGAAAUGGCUGAUGGAGCAGGCAGUUUGUUCAAAGACUGACUUAUCAAGGAUGCAGGGAAGGCUGAAGGACUCCGAGUUUAAUGACAAUGACCACAGGGAGGAAAUAGAGAAGUUGGAGAUGGAGUUGUCUGCCCUUGUGCGUAAACAUGAGAAGAAAGUCACAGCACUACAGAAACAACAUGAGGAGAAGGUACUUUUCUUGUUGAACAAGAUGAAAGGAAGUGCUAAUGUUGAAUCUGCAGAUGAAGAGCUUAAAGAGCAUCUCAAAUUCCAGGAGGGGGAAAUUGAAAGAUUGAGUUCCAUGGAGGAAGAGUUACAAAAGAAGUCUAAGGAGUGUGAAGAGUUGAAAAAGCAAAUGACUAGAGCCAUGUAUCAGAAUAAAAGGAUGGCCCUCUUACCCAAUAUUGAUGACCCUCAUGCAUCUCCAUUUCUCUCACCUACUUUAAAACCUAAGAUUAAGAAGAGGAAAAAGAAAGAGGUGGAGAUUGAGGAGGAUUGGGAGGAGACAGAUGAGGAGAGUUUCCUUACAGAAGAUGAUACUAGUGAUGAGGACUGGAGGGCUACACCUAUGUACAAAAGGAAGGGGAUGAAGAGGAAAACUGUCAGUGUAGACGAUUCCUCAGUUAGUGACAAAUCCACCAGCGAUAAGCAGACGACAGAGACUUCACAGUUAACCCGACAAAAGACCAGUGCAACUGCUCUGAUUUGCAAGUGUAAAACCAACUGCAGCAGUCGACUAUGUUCAUGUAAAAAGAAGGAAAACAUGUGUACAAGUGAAUGUGGAUGCAACGCCACAAAGUGUAAAAACAGGGAAACCACUCCUGAUCAGGGAAAUAAUGAAGAUGGUGAUCCACAAGCCACCUUGAAUAGUACAUACAACCUGGAGGAGACCAGUGCUAAGGAAAACAUUCCCGUGAAUCCUCUGAAAGAUUUCAUAAGUUUCAAUGAGGGAAAUCGUAGUUCUGAUGAAUUUGUGGUGCCAUCCACCAAUAAAUCUAAACAAACUGAUACCGAGGCUAAGAUUUUGGAAGGGGGAGUCAAAAAGAGGAGAAAACUGUUCAGCAUGAGUGCCAGGAAUAACAGUACCAGUUUUUUUGGCCCUUUAGAUUGAAUGAGUAGUUACAGAAACUUUACUUGGUAAAGAUCUCUACAGGAUAGUAUGUAGAUAUGAUAUUCUUAAACUUAAUGUCUUUAUAAAAGAUCUCAUGAAAUGAACUGAAACGUAUAUACUGCAUGGCAGAAUUUCUUUCAGAAACUACUACACACAUAUUCAUUUGAUUUGAAAAAUUUCUAUCAUUUAUCAAACAUUUUCAAAAAAAAAAAAUAUUAUCAAACAUUUAAAUUCACCAUAGCAAUCUGCAUGUAUAGUAUUGAUGUGUUGUGUUUAUAUGUAGAUUAUGAAUUAUGUGAAAUAAGUAAUAUAUGGUAGCAAUAUGUGAAGUGUAGGAUGUUUUAAUUGUAUCCGUUGUUUGAUACGUACUUGUAGUGGAAUAUAUCUGUAGUCAAGUGUUUUUACUUGUGUACAUCACUGUUUCCUUAUUAGGGAGGAAUAUGUAAAAUGAAUGAUAAACGAAUAGAAAGCAUUCUGUGUGAAUUGGUGGUCAUUAAACUGUAUAAUGAAUUGA